UUUUGUAUCCCUGCAUCAGGAUGUUUUUACAAGAGCAUCAGGGGUUGAUUGCUGGCAGUAUACUUCUUUGAGUGGGUAAAUAUUUCACGAGCGGCGGCGAGAAGCGGCAGAACACAAAAAGAGAAGCCUUCCAACACAACUGUCAGAGGGUGGAGGAGGGGAUCGAGUGACGGUGGACAAUGGCUACCAUGACGACGGUGCCCAGCUAUACCCCUUCCCUUUGGGUGCGGCUGUGUCACGCUAUCCCCCGGCUAGACCUCACCAUGCAAAUGAGGGACAACCUCUUUGCCCCUGACAGCUGGGAGUACCAGCAGACCCUGCUGGUUUUGUCCAGUUUAUCGGCCAUCGCCCUCGUUAUCUCCCUCUUGGUGGUUCUGUCCUUCCUCAUACACUACUGCUGCUGUCACCGCGGUGACCGCGGCGAGGGAUCCGAGGAGGAGGAGGAGGAUGAAGACGGCAGCACGGGUCACGGCUACAGCGGGAAGAAGGGGCGAGGGAUCUGCUGCGUCACGUGGGUGGCCGUGGCGUCUGUCACGCUGUGCUGUGUUGCCAUAGGCAUCGGCUUCUAUGGCAACAGCGAGGCUAAUGAUGGGAUGUAUCAGUUGACCUCGUCUCUUCUCACAGCCAAUUACACGCUAGCUUCCAUCGAUUUGCUGAUCUCAGACACAAUCAACGGGCUGCAGCUGUCCGUCUCGGGCCCGCUGACCACAAUGGAGGAGAUGUUUACGGGCAGCAAACCCUUCCUGGUUUCCACGCGGAACUGCCGCAGGUUAUCUGAGAACGUGAUCAACCUCCUCUCCUCCAUCUCCGUGGCCCGGUCCGGCUUGGAUGUGGGGCCGGGGAACGAUAGCGGCGUCAGCGGGGCCUCCAUCAUACCUCUGACCCCGGUGCCGCCCUCGGUGGCCCCCACGGUGGCGCCUUCGGGGGGCUUGAUGCCCGGCCCCUUUUCACCCGGCUGGGCAGCCAACACGUUAAUGAUGAAUGAGGACUACAGGUGGUUGUCAUACGUCAUGCUGCUGCUGCUUGACCUCAUUGUGUGUCUGUUCAUCCUCCUUGGACUGGCCAAGCAAGCUCGAUGGCUGCUCAUUUUGAUGACAGUGCUGGCGUGGUUGGCUCUCUUCCUAAGCUGGGGCUCGCUAGGCUUGGAGACGGCCACUGUGGUGGCCCUCAGCGACUUCUGCACCGAUCCAAGCAUGUUCGUGCUCAACUCCACUAACUUCAACACGGGAACCAGCUCAGAUGUGCUGGAUUAUUACCUGACCUGCAGCCGACGGAUGAACAGUCCAUUCCAGCAGCUCCUCACCCAGUCACAGAGGGCGCUGUCAAACAUCCACACACACCUUUCCAGUGUGGAACGCAACGCUCUCACACAGUUCCCCAAAGCCGAGAAAUCACUCAGGGAUGUUCAACAGAUACUCAACAGCACAGAGGGCAACUUCCAUCAGCUGGUGGCGCUUCUGAACUGCCGAGGCCUCAACAAGGACUACAUGGACUCACUGAAAGGCCUGUGCUACGACGGGAUGGAGGGACUGCUCUAUCUCUCUCUUUACUCGUUCCUCUCGGCUCUGGCCUUCACUGCCAUUCUCUGCUCUCUGCCCGGUGCCUGGAGGAGCUUCCCCAGCGAUUCGGAAGAGUACGAGGACUCGGACAGCGAGAGUGAGGACCCCUUCACCUCCCAUCAGGCACGUAGACAGACGGCCUCGGGGUCUCAGCGCGGGGCCAUGGCCCCCUUCUAUAAUUACCCGGGGGCCGGGUGGACACCCCCCUUUUCUAGUGCGCCGCCCCUCCCGACUCCAAACGUUUCCUCCAAUGGCAACCCUGGCUAUGAGAGCCUCCCCUUGACUGACAGGCAGUCCCCACCCCCCUCUUACUCUCCCAGCAUGCUGACUGGUUACGGGGGAAGUCAAUCACACCCCAACCCUGCCCAUUCGAGGAACCUGUAUUCACGUUGAUAACUAUUUUUUCUUUUCUUAGAAAAUGUAUAGAAGAAAACAAAUGUUUAGUUUUCAUAUGAAUGGACACUUUAAAAUGAACGGAAACUAAUCUAAAACAAAACAACAAAGGCUUUAGUGUUGCGUAUAACGUCGGUACCACUGAGUAUUAUUGUUCUGACAAUUCUGAUUAUUAAAAGCACUUAUAAAAAAGAAAAAGAAAAGGAGGAGUAAAAAAGGACUGUGGACACGCUGGUAGGAUGUGAAACCAAACUCUCCCUUUGUUUGUCCAAACUGUGUAAACUGUGAACAGUGGUGAGGCAAGUGGAGAAUGGUAUUAAUGUGACUACGUUAUGUAGUUUUGUAUUCUUCAAUGUAUCACCCAUUUAUUUGAAAGUUGUUUUAUAUACAUAUAUAUAUAUAUAUAUAUAUAAAUAUGAAAUUGUUGUAGAAAAAGCACUGGCACGUAGCAACAAAGCACAUUUUUUUUCUGUCAAUGGUUAUGCAGUUCCCCCCCUCACUUGAUAUAUAUUUUUUAUUAUUACUUUUUAUAGGUGGUAAUUCUGUAUUUUCUGUGUAUUACCUUAUGGUAUUCUGUAUAUGUCAGUCUAUAUCUAUAUAAUAAUCAUUUCUCUUAAAAGAAAAUAACCAUGGUUGAGGGCUAUGACAGCCUAGUUUGAACAGAGAACCCCAUGCAGCAACAGUAGGUACAUAGCAAUAAACCAAUGUACAGUGGAUAUGAAGUCGACACACCCCUGUUCAAGCGGCAGGUUUUUGUGAUAUUAAAAAAAAAAAAGAGGCCCAGAUAAAUGGUUUCAAAAUGUUUCCCACCAUUAAUGGAAACUGUACAAUUUAAAAAAUUAAUUAAACAAAACAUUUAAUCUUUUCAAGAAGAGAAAACAAACAAUUGAGAUGAUAGACACCCUCUUAUAACUGGGGAUGUUUAUCACUUGUACAUUUUUACUUCCCCUCUCGAACUAAUUUAAUUUUGUUUUCAAUUGGUUAUAAUUAUAGGUCACAUUAAUUGUCAAAAAAGUUUUGAAAUGAUUUAUCUUAGUCUAAUUUUUUUUCCAUCACAAAAACCUGACAUUUAAACAGGGGUGUGUAGACUUUACAUAUCCACCAUAUAGCACAGCAUUGGGUCUCCAGGAUGUUUUUGUGUGGAUUACGGUACGUUGGAGAUUUCCUUGAAUCCUCCCACCCUCUCUCCUAACUGACCAUCUUAACCCCGCCAAUUGAGUUUGUACUCUCAAUGCUCCUUUUGAAUGGCAUCCUUUUACACUCAAGAGUCUAAUAUGAAUAAUAAUAAUAAAAAAAUAACUACAAAAACCUGA